AUGGCGCUGGAAGUACCACGCCCGCUGCGCCUCUCCGAGUCGGAUCAGCUCCUUGCAUGGGAGGGGGAUCUAGAAUCGAGAUGGUCGCAGCUGCAGCAGCGCCGCCGCAGCGCCGAGGAACUUCGAGCCAGGCAAAUCCAAUUGGAGGCGUCUCUUCUGGAGCUAAACAACGAGAAUGUUGCAGCACAGUACGUUCUAGAAGAGCGCCGGCGCGCGUUGGCAACUCGCCGCACCCAGCUGCGCGAAUCAGCGGCCGCACUGAAGCAGCGCACCGUCGAGGUCGCUAAGGCGUCUCGCCGAAGGCAGGAGUCGAUGGCAGAGGAGACCGUUGCCGUUGACGCGGCGUGGCGAGAGUUAGAGCAGCGCACACGGUUAGAGGAGGCAUCUCAUGUACAGCAGAUGCGUGCUCUGGACGCAAGAAAACAAAGGGCCCAAGGGUGCGAUGCCGACACACAAAAGCGGCUAAGCGCACUGCGCGAGCGUGAGAUGCAGCUUGUGGCACAGCAAGAAGUACUGGGUUAUCACCGACAGAGCUCCAUGGAUUUUCUGCGGCAGUCGCUCGAGCAGCUGCAGCGCGAGGCGGAGGGACAUAAGAAACUUCUCAUAGCUCUCGAUGGCAUCAAAGAGCCGUGA